UGAAACGCGAGAGCGGAGAGAAAAGAGAGCGAAGAGAGAGAGAGAGAGACACGAUUUUCCCGAGGGGAAAUCCGAGCGGACCGAGACCGGAGAUCGCCGGCCCUUCGAUCGGAGCUGUCCAUCGCUCCGACUUCCCGCGAGUUGGCCUCGCACGGUGAUGGUGUGUUGGGGAGAGUUCGUCGGCGAGAGAGAACGAGUCCGUGCUUCCAUGGCGAUGGGCUCCGAGAGAUCGAAGCCGCUCCACAAUUUUACGCUCCCGCGCCUCCGCUGGGGCAGCCAGCGCUACAUGCGGUGUAUGAAGGUGGCCGCCGACUCCUCCUCCGCGGCUGUCGCCGAUCGCCGAUCCCCCGCCAGAUCUCACUCCUCCUUCCAGCGGAGGGAGCCGGAUUUCGAGCGUCUGAGGUGGUUCGCGCGCGAUUCGGACCGGAGGAGGAGGAGCGGUGGGAUCGUCGGUGCCGCCGCCGUGGACGACGACGACGACGACGACGACGGCGGCGACUGCGGAAUCGAGGCGGUGAGGCAGAAGCUGAUGUUUGAUCUGCGAGCCGAGACGGACAAGAUGAAGGACGAGCUGCUGAGGGAGGAGGUGGAAUCGGUGGCCGCCGCGGCCGCCGCCGCCGUGGCAGAGGAGGCCGAGGCUGAGUCCGGGGCUGCUGCAGCAGUGGCAGCGGAGGAGCCGAGGCCGUGGAAUCUGAGGACGAGGAGGGCCGCGUGCAAGGCUCCGAUCGGCGGCGGCGGCGGCGGAGGGAGAGUUAACAGCUCUCCGUCGAUGGUCGAAGACGCCGCCGGCGCCGGUGUAAACGACACGAAGUCGUCGCCCAGGGUCCUGAGAGGUAACAACGGCGGCGCGACAGAGAAGACGGAGGAGAGACCGAAGUUCGCGGUGGCGCUGAAGCGAAAGGAGAUUGAGGAGGACUUCAUGGCGAUGGUGGGGCACCGACCGCCCCGGCGUUUCAAGAAGCGGCCCAAAAAUGUACAGAAGCAAUUGGAUUUGCUUUUCCCGGGGCUGUGGUUGACGGAGAUCUCGGUGGACACUUACAAAGUCGACGAGAAUCCUGAAAACGGCAAGAGGUAGCAAAGGGUUGACCUUUCGAAUUGGAGAUUUUGAUGAUUAAAGGUCUGUGCUUGCUGACUUCUGGUGACAUUGGGGGGCUCCCUGCGUAUUGGUUCAGACUACCUCUCUGAAUUUGAAUUGUGAUUAAAAAACAUAUGGAGCUUCCUUGUUUUUUCAGAUCAGCUUUUUUCCUAUUUUUCCUUCGUGUUCUUUCUGAAAUAGCUAAUUUUGAUAAGGUAGGUAGGUUCUAUUUAUAUUUCUUUCCAUUAAUCACAAUAAGCUUCUACAAAGUGGGAAGACAGGUGAAUGUUGUUAAUCCA